AUUCAAUUUUUUUUUUCUCCUAACUUCCGAGUUGAAGAGAUGGCGGAAUUGGUCGAAUUACCGAGUCGAUUGGCGAUUCUUCCCUUCAGGAACAAAGUGUUGUUACCUGGCGCGAUUAUUCGAAUUCGAUGCACUUCAUCUAGCAGUGUGAAAUUGGUGGAGCAGGAGCUAUGGCAGAAGGAAGAAAAGGGAAUAAUUGGUGUCUUGCCUGUUCGGGAUGCUGCUGAGUCAACAUCAGUGGGUUCUGCGUUAUCUCCAGGUAUGGGUACUGAAACUGGGGAGCAAAGUCCAAAAGUUCUUGUUUCGUCUGAUUCUCAUAGGGUGGAUGGAAUAAAUCAACAGGAGCUAAUUCACUGGCAUAAAAGGGGAGUUGCUGCUAGAGCUCUGCAUCUGUCAAGAGGAGUGGAAAAACCAAGUGGCAGGGUCACAUACAUUGUCGUACUUGAGGGUUUGUGCAGGUUCAGUGUACAAGAACUUAGUGCAAGAGGAACCUAUUACGUUGCCCGGAUCUCUCGUUUAGAUAUGACUAGGGCUGAGUUAGAGCAAGCUGAGCAAGAUCCAGAUCUUAUAGCACUAUCUCGGCAAUUCAAAGCAACUGCAAUGGAGCUGAUCUCUGUUCUAGAACAGAAACAGAAAAAUAUUGGAAGGACAAAAGCUCUUCUGGAGACACUUCCAGUGCACAGACUUGCAGAUAUAUUUGUAGCAAGUUUUGAAAUAAGCUUUGAGGAGCAGCUUUCCAUGUUGGAUUCAGUUGAUCUGAAAUUAAGGCUUUCAAAAGCCAUGGAGUUAGUUGACAGACAUUUACAGUCAAUUCGUGUUGCAGAGAAGAUAACCCAAAAGGUUGAAGGACAGCUAUCAAAAUCACAGAAAGAAUUCCUUCUACGUCAGCAGAUGAGGGCUAUAAAAGAAGAGCUUGGUGACAAUGAUGAUGAUGAGGAUGAUGUAGCUACCCUGGAAAGAAAGAUGCAGAGUGCAGGAAUGCCUCCAAAUGUCUGGAAGCACGCACAAAGAGAGCUUCGGCGACUGAGAAAAAUGCAACCUCAGCAACCUGGGUAUAGUAGCUCAUGUGUUUACUUGGAGCUCCUUGCUGAUCUGCCCUGGCAGAAGGCCAGUGAAGAACGGGAAUUAAGCCUGAGAGCUGCGAAAGAGCAUCUUGAUAGUGACCAUUAUGGUUUAAGCAAAGUCAAACAAAGGAUUAUUGAAUAUCUGGCUGUCCGCAAGCUUAAACCAGAUGUGAGAGGCCCCAUACUGUGCUUUGUGGGUCCACCAGGUGUGGGAAAGACAUCUUUAGCAUCAUCCAUAGCUGCUGCUCUGGGAAGAAAAUUUGUACGGAUAUCUCUUGGUGGUGUCAAAGAUGAAGCUGAUAUUAGAGGACAUCGGAGGACAUACAUAGGUAGCAUGCCAGGGCGUCUUGUUGAGGGAUUAAAGAGAGUAGCUGUUUGCAAUCCAGUUAUGUUGCUGGAUGAGAUUGACAAGACUGGUUCUGAUGUCCGCGGGGAUCCAGCCUCAGCACUGCUGGAGGUUCUUGAUCCAGAGCAGAACAAAACAUUCAAUGAUCACUAUCUGAAUGUUCCCUUUGAUCUGUCAAAGGUCAUUUUUGUUGCAACUGCAAACAGGGUCCAGCCUAUACCUCCAGCACUCUUGGAUCGAAUGGAAGUCAUUGAGCUUCCUGGAUAUACACUUGAGGAAAAGUUGAAUAUAGCCAUGCAGCAUCUAAUACCAAGAGUUCUGGAUCAGCAUGGCUUGAGCUCUGAGUUCCUUCAAAUUCCUGAGGCUAUGGUGAAACAUGUAAUUCAAAGAUAUACUAGAGAAGCUGGUGUACGGAACCUCGAGAGGAACUUGGCUGCAUUAGCUCGUGCAGCUGCAGUUCGAGUUGCUGAGCAAGAACAUGCAGUCCCACUCAACAAAGAUGUUCACCAAAUGGCUGCACCACUGAUCGAUUCAAGACUUGCAGAUGGAGCUGAAGUAGAAAUGGAAGUUAUUCCAUUGGGUGUUAACAAUCAUGAGAUAUCUAAUGCUCUUAAAAGUAGCUCACCUUUGAUAGUCGAUGAGCCUAUGUUGGAAAAAGUAUUGGGGCCACCAAGGUUUGAUGACAGAGAAGCUGCAGAACGUGUUACAACUCCUGGAGUAUCAAUUGGGCUUGUUUGGACCUCCUUUGGUGGGGAAGUACAAUAUGUUGAGGCCACAUCAAUGGUAGGAAAAGGGGAUUUGCAUCUCACAGGGCAACUUGGUGAUGUUAUUAAAGAAUCAGCUCAAAUAGCACUUACUUGGGUAAGGGCAAAAGCAGCAGACAUUAAGUUAGCAGCUGCUGGGGAAAUUAAUCUGUUUGAGGGCCGGGACAUUCAUAUUCAUUUUCCUGCUGGAGCUGUACCAAAAGAUGGGCCUUCAGCUGGUGUGACUCUGGUAUCAUCUCUGGUUUCCUUGUUCAGUCAGCAGAGAGUAAGAACAGACACAGCAAUGACAGGAGAGAUGACCUUGAGGGGUCUGGUGUUACCUGUUGGAGGUAUCAAAGAUAAGGUAUUGGCUGCUCAUCGUUAUGGUAUCAAAAGGGUUAUACUCCCAGAGAGGAACCUAAAGGACUUGGUUGAAGUUCCAUCAGCUGUUCGUAAUAGCUUGGAGAUUGUGUUGGUGAAGCGGGUGGAAGACGUGUUGGAACAAGCAUUUGAGGGAGGUUUCCCUUGGAGAAAACAUGCAAAAUUAUGAUAGCCCUUGGGUCUACUAAUUAACUAACUUAUCUUCGAUGUUGAUGGAAUUGUUCGACACCUUGGUGCCUCCAUCAGCAUAUGGAGCAGUUUUUCAGAAACUGCAUCCAUCAAUAGGAACCCGUACUACUGGUUGUAGGUCGGGGAAAUACAUAACACAGUAUGUUGAUUAUGUAUAAAAUGUUGUCUAUUCAAGCAUUGAAUUGUAAUUAUUUGUUUAAUUCAGGUGUUAUCUAUUGUGUUCUCU